AUGCGCAGCCAGUCGAGCAGCCUCACCACCCACACCUGGGCCGCCACCUCCUCCUCCAUCUCCGCCUGGCAGGGCUGCGCUCAGUCCUUGGCCCUGUGGGGGCGGCUCCUUUUCUCCGCUGGUGGGAGGCUCCUGGGCGGCAGGUGGCUUGCCUGCCUGGGGUGUCCAAUGCUGUCCCCCGCUCCGGCACCGGCUCCAGCAGCUGUUCGCCGGGGCGGCCACAUUGGGCCUUGGCGUCGAAGUGCUGCAACAGCUGCUGCACAGAGGGCGAGAGGCUCCACCAGGCCCAGCUGGUCGCCAUGGAGGCGCCACCGAAGGAAGCUGCACAUCCGGGAAGAAGACAGGAAGCUACCUGCUGACAUGUACCAGAAGAAACUUGGUCAAAAUUCAGGGAAAAUUGAAAACUUGCCUUCCUCUCAGAACUUUAAGAACCAGAACUUUACUGAACUGAGAGACUACUGCCUGGAUCGUGGCUUACUCUUUGAAGAUUCUACAUUCCCUGCACAAAUCAGCUCAAUUGGCCCUAAAGUGCUCUCAGAAGAUAGACUGCACCAAAUAGAGUGGUUAAGACCAAUUGUUAAACAGAAGAACCCCUUUUUAAUUGUGGACGGUGUGAGCAGAUUUGAUAUUUGUCAAGGGCAAGUAGGUGACUGCUGGGUUCUAGCAGCUCUGGGAUCUGUGACCCGACAGCAGCGCUUCCUAGAUCGUAUCAUUCCAAAAGAUCAAGGAUUCAAACACGAUUAUGCCGGAAUUUUUCAUUUUCAGUUCUGGCAAUUUGGAAAUUGGGUGGAUGUGGUGAUAGACGACCGCCUGCCAUUUCUCAAUGGGCAAUAUGUAUUUGUCCGUCCCAGCGACCGAAAUGAAUUCUGGCCACCACUGCUUGAAAAGGCCUAUGCCAAGCUGCGUGGUUCCUACUCCAAUCUGCACUGGGGCUACCUUUCAGAGGCUUUAGUGGACUUCACUGGUGGAGUCCAGCUGGAUUUCAACCUUCAAAGGCCCCAGAUGUUUCUAUAUGAGAUGCUGAAAACAGCUGCUAUGUCAGGCUCUGUUAUGGGAUGCACUACUCCUGGAGCCAAUUCUCCUACUAACGUGGUGUUGAAGAAUGGAAUUGUCCAAGGUCAUGCUUACACCAUCGUAUGGGCCACAGAGGUUCCCUACAGGAAUGAAAAGAAAUACAUAAUCAGACUUUGGAAUCCUUAUGGUGACACAGAAUGGAAAGGCGCUUGGAGCGAUGGCUCAGUGGAGUGGGAUUACGUCCCAAAAUCAUACAAGGAAAAACUCUAUGAGAAUAGGCUGGACGGUGAAUUCUGGAUAUCAUAUGAAGACUUCAAAGACAAUUUUUCAACAGUAUUUGUUUGUAAUGAUGUACCAACAUUCCUGGAUUUUGGAGAAUCGUUUAGCACCACUUGGUCUGUGGAUAGGCACUUCAACCGUUGGGCUCAGGAACUCUCUCUAGGAGGUGACCUUUCCAGAAACCCCCAGUAUUACAUCCAGGUACAAGAACCAGAGAUGUGGAAUGACAAUGUUGUGGUGGCACUGUCACAAAACAGUGCAAAUUAUGGAGGCAUUGGUUUUUGGAUCGUCAAGGUUGAACCAGAGGGCAGAACUGUGCUAAACCGGACAGGCCUUAUGAGAACACGAGAUGUCUCCAAACAGUUUAAGUUGAUUCCUGGGACCUAUAUCAUUAUUCCAACCAUGUCACCUGAAGACCCUGAGUCUGAGUUCCUUCUGCGGAUAUUUCUCAAGAAACAGAAUCAGAACACUCUCAGAGGGAAAUAUGCUGAGCCCAGCCCAGUGAUGACAAAGGAUGCAUCUAUGUGGAAUCAAGACAACUCCUAUGAAACCAUCUUCCUUAGAUACGCUAAUCAGAGCUCCCAGCUGAAUGCCUUCCAACUGCAAAGGAUCCUGAAUGAAGUAGUCCUGAAAGAUCUAAUGGCCAGUCUGGGGAACAGAGAUGGAUUCAGCUUCGAUUCAAGCAAGAGCCUUUUAGCUCUGAUGGAUACCAAUGCUAAUGGAAGCCUUACACUGGAUGAGUUUGGAAGACUUUGGAGAGAUCUCAACAGGUAUAAGGACAUCUUUAGACAAGAAAAUGAAAGAAACUCUGGAUUCCUCGAUGUCUCUGAUUUGAAAAGAGUAAUAGAGGGGACAGGGCUGUUGGUGGAUCACAAGCUCCUCAGAUUGAUGAUUGUGAGAUAUGGUGAUCCUUCCAUGAGGCUAUACUUUCCUGAUUUUGCAUGCUGUAUGAUUCGUCUUGAGACCAUGGCAAAGGUCUUUCACAAUUUACGUGGAGAUGGGAGGAAAAUCUCUUUCACUGAAGAUCAG